AUGGAUAUGUGCCAUGGGCAGCUGCUUCCAGAGCACCUCGCCAACAUACUGCUGGACAGCCUCCUGCAGCAGAAGAGAGUCAACCAUGUUCAGCUGGGCACAUUCGCUCCAUGUGCUACCUCCAUCCGGUUGGCAGAUCAACAUCAUGUUGGAGAUGGAGGGACUGCUUUGGAGGUGGGGCCGCUGCUGUCCCUCACCAGGCUGGCCUCUCUCAGGCUUGUCGACAUGAAAGUGGGGGACAGAGACUGCGCCGGCAUUGCAGCCCUGACACAGCUGACCGAGCUGGACCUGCGCGCCACAAGUGUGAGUGACACCGGCGUGCAGGGGCUGUCUCGCCUGCUGAGGCUGCAUCGGCUGGACGUGACCUGGACGCAGGCAACGGCCCCGCCAGCUCUCAGCUCGCUCACAAACCUCCACAUGGAAAACUGCUGGGUGGGUGGCGAGGUGGCAUUGCGAGUGCUGCACAGCACGCGCUUUCCAAAUCUGCGCGAGCUGCACAUGUCUAUGACGCAGUUUGAUGAUGCUGGCAUCGAGCUGCUGAGGGCCUUCUGCAUCGACUCUGCCCCGGAUUCGAGUGCAAACAACGAUGUUGUCAAGUGCCUCACAGACUUGACCAAUCUGCGGAUGCUAUCCUUGAAGAGCACAGAGAUAGAUGAUGCGGCCCUGCCAUUAUUACAGAGCCUGAAGGGCAGUCUCACCAGUCUUGACAUAAGCGGCAACAACAUAACUGGGGAGCAAGCACCCGAGCAAUCCUGGGGUAGGUCAAGGCUGCAUCACUUGAGACACAAGUGA